GCCCAUAAUUCAUUUACCCCAGGUUCAAAAACCCUAAUCUCAUUCAUCAAUCCUCACUCGGUAGUGCUGCUCUAUACUUCCAUUAUUAUUAUUAGCCAAAAAACCAAAACCGCCGCAUUCCCACUAGCAGAGCCACCAUGGUUGCCGCCAAGAAAACCAAGAAGACCCAUGAGAGCAUUAACAAUAGGUUGGCUCUGGUGAUGAAGAGUGGAAAAUAUACUUUGGGUUAUAAGACUGUUCUUAAGACCCUUAGGAACUCUAAAGGAAAACUUAUCAUCAUUGCCAACAACUGCCCUCCACUCAGGAAGUCCGAGAUAGAGUAUUACGCUAUGUUGGCAAAGGUUGGAGUCCACCACUACAAUGGAAACAAUGUAGAUUUGGGGACGGCUUGUGGUAAAUACUACAGGGUCUGUUGCCUCAGCAUCAUCGAUCCAGGUGAUUCGGACAUCAUUAAGAGCAUGCCUGGUGAUCAGUGAGGAUGCAAUGCCAUUCUAAAUCUUGGAAAAUUGUUCCAUUUUGUUUUUCUAUGAGAAGAAUAGCUAGUGUAGAUGAUCAUUUUACUUUAUUGUGGUGACUAGCAAGAUAAUUUUGAUGUUAUUGGUAUCAAUUUUUUCUGUCUUGAGCUAGUGAUUUUAUUUUAAUGGACAGUGAUUUGUUGUGUUAUGUUUUUAAGUUCUGAGUUAGUGUUUGAAUGCACCAAGUUGAAUCCUAUACAAAACCAGUUGCACAGCCUUGAAAUUUGGCUGGUCAAA